UCUGGUCAUACCCGGAGCCCUGACAGCCGGGUGCCCACUUCACAUGCCCAAGAAGCGCUGCGCUUUGUGAAUAGCCCUGUAGUCUUGUGGGACCUGUUACAUGUCUGCAGUCUCUGGUCAUCUCCUGUACUGUGUCCGCAGUCUCUGGUCAUCUCCUGUACUAUGUCCGCAGUCUCUGGUCAUCUCCUGUACUGUGUCCGCAGUCUUUGGUCUCCUCCUGUACUAUGUCUGCAGUCUCCGUCAUUUCCUGUACUAUGUCUGCAG